AUGGCUGGCGUUUCCAAAGAAUUUGAGCUAUCGUCGAAACCACCGGUGGAACAAGCCGAAAUCGAUAAGUUCAAUCCUUCCCAGCUUGUUUCCCUAAUAUUCUACACCGAGCGUCUACCUCUGUAUGAAAAAGAGAAACCUUUUUUUCUCAACUUUCCUCCAUCUGAACCCGGACAGCGACAAUCAAACGUUAUUUACUGCCGUCGUGAAGUUUGCAUCACCGAUGUUCGUGGCCACGAAGAUCUCUUCACUCUUGACACCACCGGGUUUCAGUACAAAGAUUUUGAGACAACAGUUGACUACCAGAGUUUCGCUUCCCCUGCGGCAAUUGAGGGAACUUUCCUCAAGGAGGUAGAAAAUUUUUUGACCACAGAGUUGAAUGCAGACUAUGUCCUAGCUUGGGAUUAUCAAGUUCGGCGAAGAGAUCCAACCUUACCUCCCAAUCAUAGGGGCCAACCAGGGAAAGCACAGCCAUUCAGAUCGGUUCAUUGUGAUGAGAGUGCUAGGGCCGCAAUGCGAAGACUGGGCCAUUUUCAUCCUGACUUGGCAGAAAGGUAUCGCGGGUGUCGGAUCCAAAUACUGAACUUUUGGAAGCCGCUAGUUGGUCCAGUCGAGGAUGCACCGCUCGCCCUGUGUGACUAUCGUACUGUGGCACCAGAGGAUCGAGUGCCGACAGAUAUUGUCUUCCCUGAUUACCUAGGAGAGACUUACAAUUUCUGGGCUAAUCCCAAACACCGAUGGUAUUACAUGGAGGGACAGCUCGCAACCGAAGCCUUAAUAUUCAAGUGUUUUGAUUCCGAGGCUAUCAUAAAUGAUAAAGUUGCGCAAUGUUAG